GUGUAUUUUAUUAAUCUGAUAAUUUUUCCCCACUGCAGACAUAUAACUCGUUAGCUAGCGUGCAAACCGUAACAUUCCACUGCUGGAGUUCAAGAAAAAUGAUGAUUCGAAUAUGGGUUCCCUUGCUGUUGAUGAUAAAUUCAGCAGCAGCAAUCCAAAUCUUGGAGAUCCUCGCCCAGUACGGAUUAACAACUGCGUACGGAAUCAAAACUGAGCCAUUACCCCGAUUCGAUACAUACGACUUCAUUGUCGUUGGUUCUGGUCCCGGUGGCUCCCCAGUGGCCAAUCGCCUCUCAGAAAAUGAAAACUGGAAGGUUUUACUUCUGGAGGCUGGAAAAACGGAGGGAAUACUACAUCAAAUACCGUCCCUUGCCGCGAGUUUUGCCAAUUCUGAAUACGACUGGCAGUACAAAUCCGAGCCGCAAUCAAAAGCGUGUUUAGGAAUAAUCGAUCGAAGGUGUCCGUAUACAAAAGGCAAGUCAUUAGGUGGCACAAGCUCCAUAAAUUACAUGGCUUACUCUAGAGGACACAAGCUUGAUUUUGAUAAUUGGGCUGCACAAGGAAAUCCUGGUUGGUCGUACGAGGAAGUCUUACCAUAUUUCAAGAAAAGUGAACGCGCACGUCUGAAAGAACUGGCCGAUGACGCGUAUCACGGAAGAGAUGGGCAUGUACACGUUCAAAACGCCGCGUGGCGGACCCCUCUGGCAAGAGCUUUCGUAGAAUCGGGACAAGAGCUCGGCUACAAUAUUAUCGAUUACAAUGGCCAACGAUCCGUUGGCUUCUCACUUGGUCAAUACACGAUGGUAAAUUCUACACGAUGCAGUGCAUCUAAAGCAUAUUUACGGCUCAAUCGACCAAAUCUCGAUAUCAUAACCGAAGCCAGAGUCUCAAAAGUGUUAAUCGACGAAAACAAGUACGCUUACGGAGUGGAAUUCAUAAAGAAUAAUAAAUCAUAUCGUGUUAACACUCGUAAAGAAGUGAUUCUGUCAGCUGGCGCAAUCGACUCAGCAAAACUACUGAUACUGUCCGGCAUUGGGCCAAAAGAUCAUCUAGAUGAGGUGGGGAUUAAAGUUGUUAAGGAUUCCAAAGUUGGCUACAAUCUUUGCGAUCAUGUGGGCUUCGGUGGACUUACGUUUUUGGUAAAUCAAAGUGUCAGUCUGAUAGCGAAAAAUAUUCAAACCCCAAAAGCUGCUCUCCAAUACGCAAUUGAAGGAACUGGGCCUUAUUCUACUGCUUCAGGCCUCGAGGCACUCGCAUUUAUUCGCACAAAGUACGCACCCGAUGCACGACCUGAUGCUGAAUUGGCCUUCCUUGCCGGAGCAUUCCACAUGGAUAACGGCCAAGGUCUACCGAAAGCACGUGCUUUAACUCAAGAAGUCUAUGACAGGGUUUGGAAGCCGAUUGAGGGCCAGGAUGCUUGGACCAUUUGGCCAGCUGUACAAUUACCUCGUAGCAAGGGACGCCUUAAAUUGCAAUCUAGAAAUAUUGAAGAUCACCCUCUAGUUGAUCCCAAGCUUCUGGAUGACCAAGCUGACGUGGAAAUUCUUCUUGAAGCUGUCAAACUCUCGAUAGAGUUAUCGAAAACGAAAGCUUUUCAACAAUAUGGCACUAAGCUCCAUGAGAUCAAAAUUCCCGGAUGCGAGGAAUUUGCAUUUGCCUCAGAUGAUUACUGGCGUUGUGCGAUACGUCAUACAACAGUUGUCUUCAAUCAUGAUAUGGGGACAGCCAAAAUGGGACCAUCCACGGAUUCUGAUGCUGUGGUCGAUCCGGAAUUACGAGUACAUGGAGUUACUGGAUUAAGGGUUAUUGAUGCUUCUAUCAUGCCGGAUAUGCCAGUGGGUCACUUGACAGCAACAGUUUACAUGAUUGCUGAAAAAGGUGCUGAUAUGAUUAAGAAAUCGUGGUAAAGUUUACUGCGCAUGGUCCAUCUUUCUUUUACACAUUACGUAUUGUCUAUUAUGAUUAAUGAUUACUUUGUUUUAUUCAAUGUAGACUGUGAAAUCUGAUUUUCUAAUUUUUGUGUGAUUUAUUACGAUUCUCUUAUAAUCAUGAGUUCAUUAAUAUUUUUCAACUUCGGUUCUUUGGUGCUUUGAACAGUACUAUUGGGUAUUUUUAAAACUAGUUGAUGAUUAUUUUUUGCAUAUCUUACAAGUAUGGGUAACCCAAAUUUUAGCUCAAUCGAUUGAAAAUUGUUGCAUUCGGCAAUUACAUGAAACGGUGGCAACGUCGCCGAUGGAAAAACUGCGUUAGAGAAAAUAACUACGCAGCCAAAAGUACCAACCAAAAUAAAAAAAAUUAUAGUAAACCUUAAUGUCGCGUCAAAUUAUUACGCAAAAGAAAGUUCAUCAAAGUAAAUAUAAAUGAAUAAACGACAAUUCCGGAAAUUAAUUGAAAGGAGUAACUUUAAAUUGACGUAAGGAAAGAUUAUGCGUUAAUCCUUGCCUACUAUUGCAGUAGAUUGGUUGUCCCGCAACUCUCAACCAGAGUCUUUAAUCUUGCGUUAAUGUCAGGAUAAUGUCUACGCUUUCUUAUCAAAGUUAUCAUACCAACAGACUCUUCGUAAUUGAUUGCUCCAACUUCAAGCUCCUAGUGGACAUAAUAACUUUAUUUCUAUCAUAUAAUAGAGGUCGACAAUCCAAAGGGCAAGAGAAUGAAAUAGGCUUUGGAAAAUUCCAACCUCCAACAACCGAGCGCCUUCUGACUUUCGCAAAAUGCACUUGUUCGGGCGUGAACAUUAUAUAUAGGGUGUCCCAAAACUGAACGUCCAAACUUCAAACUUAAGUUGGGGGUGAAAUUCUGGAUCGAAAAGUCCUGAGCGACUUUUUGAUCAGACGCACCCUCUUCAACUUAUUCAGGGUUGAAGUUGGACGAAUCAGGGGCGUGGAAUACCCGGUCGCACGACGGUGAGAAAAACGUGCGAGUGUGGUGGUGUCCCCACCAUGCGGUACUACUUCCCUGGGGCGGCAGAAAGAGAUGACUGGCGGCGGUCGGUAAGAGGAAGGGGAGGGAAAUGAAAAAAAUGAACACCCAAAAAAAAAAAAUCCUCAGCGAUUGAUCAUUCUUUUUCUCCUUCGCUGAAAGAAAAAAUGAAAAUCUCAUACAGGGCCAAUGGGGCUUUAGAAAAUUAAAUCGCCGGGUUUUUUUUUCCAGCGCUGUAAUUUUCAACGCAGUUUCUUUCUCCUUUUCGAUUAGCUUAAGGGAUGGAAUGGGCCUCAAUCGAUGGAGAAUUUAUUCCUCCAUCGAAUGCCCUUUGUUUCAUCCCUUGGCAUUAAUUAGGGGAGGGGUAAAUAAUUUUUAUGUAGUGGGCGGGUGUUUUCGAUCCAGAGUUUCACCCCCACCUUAAGUUUAAAGUUUGGACGUUCAGUUUUGGGACACCCUGUAUAUAUAAAACUAAGACUACCUUUUAUGUUUCUCAGGUUUUCCCUGAUAUACUGUCAAUAAUUUAAAUACCUUGGGGUUCAAUUUCUGCACAUAGGAGUCAUAAAAGAUCGCAAUUUAUCUCGUUUUGGACGUCAUGUAGAAAUUAUUUUGUACAACAAAUUAUUUCGUUUUCUCAAAUUUCUUUAGUGGAAACCAUUUUCCCCAAAAACACAUGUCAGUCCUACAAAUGUACCCACGGAGACCGAGUCGAAUUUUUCCUCCUUUGUCUCUUCAGACCUCAAUAAAGGACCCAACAUACUUUUCGUCUA